GUUUUCAAUAGCAAAUUGUAGUGUGGCUGUGGCAGCCAGUGAGCAGCAAACAAGUUGUGUAAACAAACUUAAUAAAUUACACAUAUUUAUUGAGAUGACGGAGGAAAACCCGGAUUUGCAAAGAAAAAUUGUAAAAGCACUCAAUGAAGAAAUUGGAUCAGAUUUAAAACAACUUCACAAACUCAAAGAACUGUAUGAUGAAACCAAAACCAUACAAAAUGAUCUGAAAGAGAAACUUUCAUUAGUUAGCACAGAAGCUCCAACAAAAGUUCAAAACACCUUGAGGGAGGUUGAAGAGCUCUCAAAAAAACUAGUGACUCUUGAAAAACAAUACUUGGACUUGAAAGUUGAAGCCCAAUCACACUUAACAUCUGUCGACACAUUUCUAGGAAAUUUCAGCAGUCAACUACAAGAAAUAGAAAGACUUGAACUGGAAUAUUCCUACCUGAAAUGCAUCAAAACUGUGGAAGAUCUAAGUGAGAAAAUCCGACAGAGUUUACAGUCUAACCUAGAUUUGGAAGCUGUUGAGUUGUACAACAAACUCGUACAACACAACUGCAUGCUGGAAACAUCUCAGUGUGAAAAUCUAAAAAAGUUUGUUAAUGAUACUGUAAUUUUCUGGUUUGAGAUGAUCAAGGAAAAACUAAAAAAGGAAAUGCAAGAUACUCUUAAACUGAUACAGUGGCCUUUGAUUUCAACGAACCAGGAGGUUUUAAAAACUGUCCCUCCACCUGAUGUGAUGAGCAAGUUUCAGUUACAAUUUCAGUGCCUUGGCAAACUGGAAAUCCCAUCCAAACAGUUGGAAGAUCCAAGUGUGGCAGAUCAUGUGAUUUUGUCUAGAUUUACUCCUUCCAGCCUAGCCAUCCAAGAAUUAAUAUAUCCUCUAUUGAAAAGAUUUUUAUAUCAUUUUGGUGGUAAUCGACCAACCAACCGUCGUGACAAACCCGAGUGGUAUAUGCGCCAGAUUCUUCAGUGGAUUGGAGAUCACGCUAAAUUCCUCGAAACAAACGUUCAACCCUUGUAUGCACCUAAUGAUGCUUUAACGGAUUUUUCACGAGGACUCGUUCAACUUGCUGUCGAGAAACUAGUAAAGGACACACCGGUUAUCCUUGAGGAUGAAACCAUUUUGGCACACACUAUCGGUGAAGUACUCAGCUUUGAGAGUGAACUUCGAUCCUCUUACAACUACCCAUCCUCACAGCCGUCAGCUUUACUUGUUCUCUCUCAGCCCCAGUUUUUUACUCGAUGGAUUGCCUUAGAAAGAGCUUUCGCCGUAGAAAAAAUGGACAUCCUUUUGAUUAGCGAUAAAGCCUGGACUUGCGUCUCUGGAGACAAUUCCGAGGCAGAAGACGAAGUUCGAUUAACUGAGUGUGGCGAAGGAUUUCUCCAAAUGCUGCUGGCCAUUACGGAUCGUUACAAGAUCUUACCCCAACCCGGUCAUAAGUUGCAGUUUUUGGAUUUACAGCUUGAACUGCUGGACGAGUUCCGUAUUCGGUUGCUACAGUUAGCCCGUCAAGACAAAUUUCACGAAUUAUUCGCCAAUCGAUCAUCGCCCAAUAUCAGCCCUAUCCUGAACACGCUGACGGCUGUUAUUAAUGUUCUAGAUGACUGGACUGAUUUGCCGUUCUUCGUUCAACUGCAUAGUUAUAAAGUCCAGACGGAAAAUAUUGAACGUUUAGCUGCAGAAGCUAUUAGCAAUGAUGAGGCCUCGCUUCCUUGGCUUCGUACUCAAGCUCAUACUAAUCGAGACGAAGAAGGAUCGGUAUUUGACAGCAUCAUUGAGCUUUUAAAGAGAAUGCAGGAAGAUUUGCUGCGCCGUCUGGUAGAGGCGGUGAUGCUCGAAGUGAAAGCCAAAUCGCAACCCUACAGACUUGACAAGUGGGCAUCACUCCCCAAUCCGGAUGAAUUCAUUCAACCCAGCCUAUCGCCAACAGGAUCUGCAAUGCUCCAGGCAGUAGCGAUUGGCUUGUUGUGGCUUAAGGAUUCCCUGGCAUCUACUAUGUUUGUCGAAGCGUGGCAGAAAUUGGCCUCUCAAGUGAACGACUUCCUCUUGGAAGAGCUGAUCCUACAGCGGCAGUUUAAUGAAGGAGGCGCUUCUCAACUUUGCUUCGACAUCCAGCAGAAUCUGAUACCGCUUUUUGGGCAAUACACCACAAAACCGGAGAUUUACUUUAAAGAGCUUAAAGAUGCAUGCACAUUAUUGCGGCUUCCGCGUCCCAUCACUCUUUUGUUACUGGAUACUCUCUCCGUAGCUAUACAGGAUAGUGAAAGCACAUCUGUCAAAUCAAAUCGGGCCACAUUCAACGGCAAACAAGCGCUGAAAGACCAAGGAAUUAAAAAAUUAUCCGUUGAAGAUUCUUUGAGCGUUCUCCGUCGGAGAAUUUUGUAAAGGAGGUUUUACAAAUUGGGAUGUUAAUACAAGUCUAAUGAAUGUUUUAGACUGCUGGGUA